CACCGCGGGGCGGCUCCGCCACCGGCCGCGCCACCGACCCGAGGCCGCCCCGUGUCCGAGCGGAGCCCCCGACACAGGGACGGCCGCGCCCCGUGUCCCACCGCCCCGCACGUGUCUAUGGAAAGGGAACGGGGCCGGGAGCCCGCUGGCACCGGAGGGACGGGAACUCCCCGCGGGCGGCUCGGGAGCAGCCCCCGCCCCGUCCCGCCGCUGCCCGGGGCCGCUGCCCUGCGCCGAGCCGCUGGCGCGGGGCUGGAGCCGGGGGAACGGCGCUGGGGCGGCCGCGGCCCGUUGUUAUGGAGCCGGGGGAAACAGCAGUAAACACGGCCGGGGCCGCCCGCCCGCCUUGGCCGCUGCUCAGCGGGGAGCGGCCCGAGCGGCCCCGGGCGCUGCAGCGGGCUCCGGCGGCACGGACCGGACCGGGUCGGCACCGCGCGGCUCUGCCCAACCGAGCGAUGCCCGCGGGGCCCCGCGCUGCUGCCUCCGCCCGAGGGCACGGCGAGGCUCUCCCGGCGAGCCCGCUCGCCCGGCUCCCUGCCCGGGGCGCAGGAGAAGGCGCUCCCGGGGUGAGCUCAUCGCGCUGCUCCGGGGCUUGGGCCGGGGCCCGGCGCUGAUUUAUGCCGCUAAGCGCUCCCAGGCGCUGGCUCCGCUCCCGCCGGGGAGCACCGCCCGGCCCGGGGGUUGGCACCGGGGGACACCCCGGCAAAACAGCCCCCGCCGUCCCCGCAGCCCCGGCUUUCCCGGGCUGGGAUGCUCCGGCGCUGCUGGGGCGGCUCUGGCUCGCGGGAAGGCGGCCCCAGACUGCCUGACCUCCCGCUGAACCGGCGAGCAGGAGCUGCGCCAGGGGCGGGCAGCGCCAGGGCGGCCGGUGGGUCACCCGCGGCCCCGGUGCGCCGCGUCCCGCCCCGCUCCUGUCCCCUCCGCCGGCGGGGCCGCAGCACCGAGCGCCCGCCGGGGUCCCCGGGAUGCGCGCCCGUGAUUGACGGCUCUUUGUUUCCUCCUCGCCGGCAGCCCCGGCCCCUCCCCCGUCGCGCCACCCCGCCCCACCGCGCUCCGCUCCGCACCGGCGGUACCGGCGGCAUGGGGGCACCGGCGGCCGCGGGGGGCCCGGCGCUGGGCGCGCUCCUGGUGCUGCUCCUGCUGGGCGCCGCCGGCGCGGCUCGUCACGGGCUGCAAGGUAAGGGGCGACCGGGGCGGCCCCGAGGGGGCGAGGCGGACGGAGACCCCCCGGCCCCGCUCCCCGGCCCGGGGCCCGCUGACAGCGGCUCUGCUCGCCCUGGGAGCUCUGGCAGCCGCGCUGCGGGCACCGGGGGAUGGAGGGACAGAGGGACAUUCAUUCUCGGAGCGCGGGGCGGCCGCCGGCACACUCCGGGAGCAGGGACCCGCCGGUCCCGAUGUGGGCUCGGGGCAGCGGGGGCUCCAGCGGUGCGCGGCUGCGGCUUGUCGGGGUUGCUGCUGGUCUGUCCGGUGCGGCUGCACGGAGCAGGCUGCGGGACCGGGCUCUCCGUGCUUCCCCGGAGCGCCCCGGGCCGGGCCAUCCGUGUAGGAGCUCCCGGUCCCGCUGCGGUUUGGCGGGGCCGGUCCCGGGGAGGGGGGGGGGACACCCGCGAGCUGCAUCUCCGCACUGCGGAGCCGUCCCGGCUGCGGGAUGCCCGGGGCCGGCGGGGAAGCCCCGGCUGCGGAGCAGGGGAGGAGCAGGGCAGGCUCCGGGCCGGGGUCCCCACUGGGCCGCCGGUCCCGCCGGUGGCAGGCGCUCCGCGGGUCCCUGCCGCUGGUGCGGCCGCGGCGCUGCCGGUCCUGGAGCGCCACCGCGCGGGGUCGGCGCUGGGCGGGGCCCGGAGACCUCGGGGCUUCCCCGGACCCCCGGGGCCCGGCGGUCCAGGGACCUCCCCUGGUUCCGUCCCCUCGGGCUGGCCGGGCCGGGCCGCGGUGCCCCGCGCCGGCCAUGUCCGGAGCUGCGGGUCCCGGUCAGGAUGCGACCUCCGCGCUUGGCUCCUGCAGUCAUCGACCUGCUGCUGGUGAGCGAGGCCCGGCAGAUGGCCAGUAUCACACACAAGAUCCGCAUGGAGCUCCUGACCGUUAACGACGUUUACCUCCUCUCCACCUUUCGCCUACCCCCCAAGCAGGGGGGGACCCUCUUCGGCCUCUACUCCAAGAAGGACAACACGAAGUGGUUGGAGGUCUCCGUAGUGGGGAAAAUCAACAAAGUCCUGGUGCGUUACCUGCGGGAAGACAACAAGCUGCACUCGGUGAACCUGCAGCACGCGCACGUGGCGGACGGGCAGAGCCACACGGUCAUCGUGCGCCUGAGCGGGCUGCGCGGGGACAUGCUGAGCGUGGAGCUCUAUGUUGACUGCAAGCAGAUGGACUCCAGCGUGGGGCUGCCCGAGCUGUCAGAGAUCCCCCUGGCAGAGGUGGAGUCCAUCGAGGUGCGCACGGGGCAGAAAGCCUACCAGAGGAUGCAGGGGUUCGUGGAGUCGAUGAAGCUGAUCCUGGGGGGCUCCAUGAGCCGCGUCGGGGCCCUGAGCGAGUGCCCUUUCCAAGGAGAUGAGUCCAUUCACAGUGCAGUGACAAGCGUGCUGGCCUCCAUCCUGGGCGAGCAGACCAAGGCGCUGGUCACGCAGCUCACCCUCUUCAACCGGGUCCUGACUGAGCUGCGGGAAGACAUACGGGACCAGGUGAAGGAGAUGUCCCUGAUCCGCAACACCAUCAUGGAGUGCCAGGUCUGCGGCUUCCAUGAGCACCGGUCCCGCUGCAACCCCAACCCCUGCUUCAGCGGUGUGGACUGCAUGGAGACCUACGAGUACCCCGGGUACCGCUGCGGGCCCUGCCCACCGGGGCUGGAGGGCAACGGCACCCACUGCGCCGACAUCGAUGAGUGUGCCCAUGCCAACCCCUGCUUCCCUGGCUCCAAGUGCAUCAACACAGCCCCCGGUUUCCGCUGCGAGCCCUGUCCCCGUGGCUAUCGUGGCAACACCGUCUCCGGUGUGGGAGCUGACUACGCAAGGGCCAGCAAGCAGGUUUGCACAGAUAUUGAUGAAUGCAACGAUGGGAACAACGGGGGCUGUGACCCCAACUCCAUCUGCACCAACACGCUGGGCUCCUACAAGUGUGGUCCCUGCAAGUCUGGGUUUGUGGGGAACCAAACAUCCGGCUGCAUCCCGCAGAAGUCCUGCAGUACUCCCACCUCCAACCCCUGCGACAUCAACGGCUUCUGCGUGUUCGAGAGGAACGGGGAGAUCUCCUGUGCGUGCAACGUGGGCUGGGCUGGCAACGGCAACGUAUGCGGGCAAGACACGGACCUUGAUGGCUACCCCGAUGAGCCCCUGCCCUGCAUCGACAACAACAAGCACUGCAAGCAGGACAACUGCCGCCUGACACCAAACUCGGGGCAGGAGGAUGCUGACAACGAUGGCAUCGGGGACCAGUGUGAUGAUGAUGCUGAUGGCGAUGGCAUCAAGAACGUGGAGGACAACUGCCGGCUCUUCCCCAACAAGGACCAGCAGAACUCGGACACCGACUCCUUCGGGGACGCCUGCGACAACUGCCCCAACGUACCCAACAACGACCAGCGGGACACAGACAGCAACGGCGAGGGGGACGCCUGUGAUAAUGACAUCGAUGGGGACGGGAUUCCCAACAUGCUGGAUAACUGCCCCAAGGUGCCCAACCCUCUGCAGACAGACCGGGAUGAGGACGGGGUCGGGGAUGCCUGUGACAGUUGCCCUGAAAUGAGCAACCCCACUCAGACAGAUAUGGACAGCGACCUGGUAGGAGACAUCUGUGACACCAAUGAGGACAGUGAUGGGGACGGGCACCAGGACACCAAGGACAACUGCGCUGAGAUCCCCAACAGCUCCCAGCUGGACUCGGACAACGAUGGGCUGGGGGAUGACUGUGACAAUGACGAUGACAACGAUGGCAUCCCCGACUACACAGCGCCCGGCCCAGACAACUGCCGCCUCAUCCCCAACCCCAACCAGAAGGACUCAGAUGGGAACGGGGUGGGCGACGUGUGUGAGGAGGACUUUGACAAUGACACGGUGGUGGAUCAGCUCGACGUGUGCCCCGAGAGCGCCGAGGUGACGCUGACCGACUUCCGAGCCUACCAGACCGUCAUCCUUGACCCCGAGGGGGAUGCUCAGAUUGAUCCCAACUGGGUUGUCCUCAACCAGGGCAUGGAGAUCGUGCAGACCAUGAACAGUGACCCGGGCUUGGCUGUUGGCUACACGGCCUUCAACGGGGUGGACUUCGAGGGCACCUUCCAUGUCAACACUGUCACCGACGAUGACUACGCCGGCUUCAUCUUCAGCUACCAGGACAGCGCCAGCUUCUAUGUGGUGAUGUGGAAGCAAACGGAGCAGACGUACUGGCAGGCCACCCCCUUCCGUGCCGUGGCUGAGCCGGGGCUGCAGCUCAAGGCAGUGAAGUCCUCGACGGGCCCCGGGGAGCACUUGCGCAACGCGCUGUGGCACACGGGCCAUACGCCCGACCACGUCCGCCUGCUCUGGAAGGACCCGCGCAACGUGGGCUGGCGGGACAAGACCUCCUACCGCUGGCAGCUGGCCCACAGGCCCCAGGUCGGCUACAUCAGGGUCCGGCUGUACGAGGGCCCGCGGCUGGUGGCCGACUCCGGGGUGAUCAUCGACACCACGAUGCGCGGGGGGCGGCUGGGGGUCUUCUGCUUCUCCCAGGAGAACAUCAUCUGGUCCAACCUGCAGUACCGCUGCAACGACACGAUCCCCGCCGACUUCGAGCCCUUCCGCCGGUUCCUGCUGCAGGGACGCGAGUGAGCGGCCGCGCCCGGCCCGGUUCCCCCCCAGCCCCGCCGGCGGCACCGCUCCGGGCCCCGCUCCCGGCCAGGCCCCGCUCCGGGCCCCCCGCGGACUUUGCACUGCCGGUACCGGCGCGGCCCCCCCCGCUGCUGCUCCGGUCCCUGCCCGAAGUCUGGCCAUAAAGUUUUGAGUGUUUUCUA